UCACCCGAGACGGAUGUUAAUGCCAGGUGUAAACAGGGCGCCGAUCUUCAUUACAGCAAUUAACGCAAUAUGAACUUUCAGCCUACAAAGCCCUCUAUCUAUGAUGACCUUAUCUACUGUAUUACUGUUAUGACAGGACAUGGCAUUGGAAACAAUGGUUACAUGUAGCCUACUUACGUUGCAUAAUGAGUACUAGCAGGCAGUAGAAGCACUUCCUAUUACCAUAAAUCCAUCCUUUUAUAUAUUGUCUGUCAGUUAGUGGUCAGCAACUUACACAAUAACACUAUUAAGGAAGCAAGACUAAGAUCACAGGACUCUGUUGAUUGUUUCUUGAAUCUGCUCACGAUUUAACCUCAUAAUAUAAUUUGAAUGCCGUAAAACACUUAUUUCGAAUAAAUAUACGAUUUUUGAACAAAACUACUUGUUUUAACUGUUGGUGGAGCUUGAAUGUCUCCUUUGUGUAUCUGUUUUUGACUAUCUGUUUUUUUUCCUUCUUUCUUUUGUCAAAACAAUUAGGCUUUUUUAGGUCAGUUUUCUACUAAAUUUUAACAAUUUUCAAUAUUUCCAUUUUAAAAACCAAACGAAUUUGUAUGAAAACCUGCAAUAUAUGGGGCUGUAUGGGGCAUUCAUUAGAGUUCAAGGAACAUGAAAUGUGAGUGUUAAUCAUUAACCUGUUAUUUUUCAAGCUUAAACCGAGCCGUACUUCCCUGUACUGUUUCUCCAGCAAAGAAUCAGGUUUCACAAAAAACCUGUGUGGACAAAGGAGGGUGCUUGGAAUGGUGGGGAGAUGACUUUGAUGGUAGAUUGAGGUAAUGUCCAUUUGUGUUGUGUGUAUGUGUGUGUGAGUGUGUGUGUGUGAGAGAGAGAGAGACAGAUAGACAGAUAGAUAAUUUGUCUGCCAUGGAAGUGGAGAGCUGAAGGAACUUCAAAAGGUGUCACCUGUUAAACGGAUAAAGGACAGCUGAGAAACUCUUCAAAGAAAGAUGCAGAAUUUUCAGGCACCAUUUACUUUUCUCUACUAACUGACUCACCAGCCCUCAGAUGCUCUUCGGACAAGGACUGACAGAGUGACAGCUACAUCUCAGAUCGCUCAGCUGCCGGAGGAAAGCACCAGACCAUUGAAUCCUAGGCCAGCUGUAGUUCCACAGCCAGGCCGCCACAGAAGGCCCAUGACGGCUCCAAAGACUCAGAAAGACAAGGCGUCUAAGAGGAAGAAAGUGUUGCUGACUGUCCUAGCAGUUGUAGUGUUGUUAGGUGUAUUGGCCACGGCGGGAUACUUCAUUAAGCAGCUGAUUGACAGCAAAUACUUCUUCUGCAAGCGUUCAGUAAAGUUCAUCCCAUUAGACAAAGCCUGUGAUGGGAAAGAUGACUGUACUGGAGGAGAAGAUGAAAUUACUUGUGUGUCAAGUUUUAAGGUCAACACUACUUUUCCAGUGCGUCUCAUGUCAGGUAAGAGUGUCCUGCAAGUGUACAGUCCCGGCUCAGGAUGGCGGAGUGUGUGUAGUGACAACUGGACUGAGAAGCACACACAGACAGCAUGUAAACAACUGGGAUACACAUAUAAACCUCGCAGCACCAGUGUCCCAGUGAACACUCUAAAAGUUACCAUGAAAACAGGACCAUUCACAGCUGUCAAGCCUGCGACUACAACUACGCCCAUACAUCAGGCUACCAUUGACCGCCAUGUAUGCAGAUCCGGAUCUGUGGUGUCAUUGUCCUGCUCAGACUGUGGACAGGUGGGCUCUCAGGACCGUAUUGUUGGGGGUACAGAUGCUUUCAUUGAGGACUGGCCAUGGCAGGUCAGCCUGCAGCAGGGCGGCCAGCAUACGUGUGGAGGCUCGCUGGUAUCACCUCGCUGGGUAGUCACUGCCGCCCACUGCUUCACUGGCAGUAAAAAGGAGCUGACUCGCUGGAAGGUGGUGUCAGGCAAGACCUACAUGGCCUCCCUGGGAGGUUCCUAUGUGGACAGGAUCAUAGUGAAUGGUGACUAUGAUCCAUCACGAAACGACUACGACAUAGCGCUGAUGAGACUCAGCAGCCCGAUCGGAGUGGGAGUGAGCCGUAAGCCAGCUUGUCUACCCCCUAAAGCCUUUGACCUUGCCGCUGAUGCCUCGAUGGUGGUGACUGGCUGGGGAUACCUGAGUGAACAAGGAACAGUUUCUCCUUCACUUCAAAAGGCCCACAUCCCUCUGAUAGGGCAGGCGAAGUGUUCCAGCCCCACAGUGUAUGGUAGUGCCAUAACCCAAAGGAUGAUCUGUGCUGGAUUCCUGGAGGGCAAAGUGGAUGCCUGCCAGGGGGACAGCGGGGGCCCAUUGGUGCACUUCACCUCCUCUCGUUGGCAUCUGGUUGGAGUGGUGAGCUGGGGCGUUGGCUGUGCCAGGGAGAGAAGGCCGGGCGUCUACAGCAAAGUGGAGGAGAUGCUCAACUGGAUUAAUACAGUCGUUGAGAAAAACCCCUGAGGUCAUCUGUCACAAUGAGCAACCACCACAUGACUCCAGUCCAGACUACGUUGCAGAGACUGUGAAACUAAAAGAAAGCUUUUUGUUUCAACGUGGUAGACUGCAGAUGGGAGACAGGAGGAGAGAAAGGGGAAGUUGAAGAUGCAACAAUAUAGAUGAACUGUUAAACACAGCCAUAAACAUUACACAUAUAUAUACACACACACACACACACACACACACAAACACACAUUUCAUUCAAACUUUCAGGUGUUGUUUGUGCCAUUUCAAGUUCUUAACUCAGGGGAAAAAUAUAUUUAUGUUGUUAUCUGUCACUGGAUAGUCUGGGAUCUUCAUGGCAGAAUGCUGCUAUAUUUGUAACUCAAAACAAACAUUGUCUUAAGCUAUUGAUACUGUUUAAAAUAACUAAUUUCACAGACUCAAUUCACUAUGUCAUUACGUUUUGAGAGUAAUUUAAAUAUUUGAUCACUGGUGCUGACAUGAGGACAUAGCCACAAACAUACAAACUAUUUUUAAUAAGAAUAAAAAAAAUAAUGACUGUCCAGCUUACUUAUAAUGAAAGUCCAUGAUAUUGGUUGGCAGUCAAAAAACAUCAGAGGCACUCUGAUGAUUAUAAGUUAAAAAUCCUUUAUUAAAUCAUGGAUAAACCUACAUGUUUCAACUCUGAAACUAUUUUUAAUAUUCUGUGAAGAAGUUGGAUCUUACCUGUCUGGCAGACAUCAGGCAUAAUUUACUUGAUUACUAUGUGCUAUAAUAUGUACUGUGGGUGUGCAAUGUGUUAUGAGGUUUCAUAUGGAAAACUGCUAUGCAAAGAAAGGCAACAAACCUGUGUUAUAGUAAUGCCAGCAGGAGUCAUUGUGAAGCCUCAGGUUAAUAAUUACCAAUACUGUAAAAGUCCAGAGGAUUAAUGCAUUUACGGUGCUGAUUCAGUUGAUCUGAUGUGUGUCCUGAUGUCUUGAAGGGCAAAUGCACCUUUUUUACGGCACAGAUGAUGUGCUUGUGUCCUACCACAGAAUAAUUUACAUGUGCACUUUAAGUGGAAAGUGAGAAUUACUUGAUCUUACUGUAUAUACAGAUGAUUCAAGUAGUUAUAAGUCUUAUAAUGCACUGAAACUCUAAUCACUCUGUAUGUGUUCAUGGUUCCUUCACACUGAGAUAUCCGAUCAGGAAUUCAGUGUGCCUUAAGAAAACUUGCGCCAUGGCCAGGCUAUUUGUGGUGUUUUCUCCCUUCUCUACUCUAAAGGAUAUACCUGCCAUUUCUUGAAAUGUAAAAGUUAGUUACAGGGAGUAUAGUGUGUUAAUUUAAUUUGUAGAAUUUGUGCACAAAGUGCUAUCAUUAUUUCUUCACUUCACUUUUUCAACAUAGUUAACACUAAUAUAUUGUAUAUUAUAAUAGCUGGAUAUAAAUAGUAUUUCUGUCUAGGUUUGCAUAGAGUAUGACAACUGCCAGGUGGCUGAUAAUAUUUGUCUGUAUAUAUGGUACAUUUUCCUAAUGUUUUAUAUUUCUG